CUCCUCCCGCGUAAGAGUGGAUCGGUCCAUUGUACUCCGUAGGGGGAAGCAGGUCUCAAUAAACUGUCGGAAUUGUCUUCAUAUUAGGACACACAGAUAAAGUAUUAGCGACUAAACGAAUAAUAUCGGACCCCAGAGUUCCUGCUGUCGGACCACCCUUAGGGCACAAUGCUGUUCUUAGUGCUCCUCUCGGGGCUGAUCGCCGCCAUUUUCUCCCUGUUGGACGUGUGGUACUUCGUUCGUGGCGCCUUGGUGGUACUGAAGGCCCGUAUCCAGCCUGUAGUGAAGGACCUGCUGAAGGAGCACUGCUAUGGGGGCAUAGUCCUACCCCACGACCUGGACUUCUUGUUCCACAUGAAUAACUCCCGCUACCUCCGCGAGGCCGACUUUGCCCGCUUUGCCCACUUCACCCGCAGUGGCCUCUUCCAAGCCGUACGGUGCUUGGGGGCCGGCAUGGUCAUGGCGGGGAGCACCAUCCGCUACCGACGCUCCCUCCGUCUCCUGGAGACCUUCGAGAUCCGCACGCGUCUCCUUUGCUGGGACGACAAGGCCUUCUACGUGGAACAGCGCUUCGUGGCCCCUAAGGAUGACUUUGUGUGCGCCGUGCUGCUGAGCCGCCAGCAUGUCAUUGGAAACUCCCCCGACAAGGUGGUACAGUCCAUGUGCAAGAGGAAGGUGGAGUCCCCCGAGUACCCGGAGGAGGUCGCGCACUGGAUCAAGUACAACGACGCCAGCAGCCAACAGCUGAGGGCAGAAAGCGCCGUGACCAACAGCGCCAAAGAUGAAUGAUCAUUCCUUUCCCCGGUAUCCAUGGCAACACUGUGCCCUCUGUGUACCAACCCAGGCCCAUUAUAGGAUUGCGGCUGGAGCUAGAAACGUUAGAAUGUGACCCCCAGUGCUGCACAGUAAGGCUGUUAGGCGCUAUCCUAUAGGCGGAAUCUGCUGCUUUGUUCUGUCUUGUUUUCAUUUGCAAUGUUGGGGAUUUCAGGAUGGCUCAGCAGCCAAUCAUCUUGCUGGAUUAUACAGAAGGAAGGGGUGAUUGGUGUUUGCUCCUCUUCUUGUCACCCAUAGUAACCAGCAGGUCAUGUGUCAGAACACAAGCAUCUGAUUGGUUGUUGGGGGUUACUAGACCUGGAGCAAACCCCUUGACUGGCCGGACCAAUUCUUUAAAAUCACGGAUGUAAAUUUUUUAUUUAACCCUUCGGUAGCCUAAUGCUAAUUAGGAUUGAGGGUUCAGAGCGAACACAAAAAUAAUGGAUUUGGAGUUUGUCUAAUCUCUGCCCCAUAGAUUUGCCCUUUGGGGGGGAGUGGCCUGAGUUGCAUUCAGCACCGCCCUCCUGUACGGCUGCCUGUCUUAACCCCGCCCCCCAUGUUGCACAGUAUCAAUGCACCAACUUGAUUGGCCGUGUUUAUAUAUAUAAAUAUAUAAGUACCCCCUUAAUUAUUUCUAACGAUUUACGAACACUUGAAAUCCGAGAAUGGAUAUUUCUAUGGCAACUGCACAAUAUUUAUGUACAACAGACAUUUCGUAUGUAUUCUAUAUAUAUAUUUAUAUUAGAGGAGAUGCUAUGUUUUGCUACCCAGCUAAUUAGACUUGCACUAAGUGGGGGGGGUCAUGGGGUAGGUAAACGAGUUGUAACGAGGGCGUAACCGCUCAUUAAAGGGAAGAGACCCCCCCUCCGGGUAUGUUAGCUGUUGUAGCAUCGAACAAAAAGGAGAAGAACCUUCUUUUCUAGAGGGUAAAAUGGAUAUUUCAUAGUGAUUAGAGAGCAAGCUCUGCAGGCCAGGGACCACUUCCUGUUUGUUUGUGAUGCUUAGCGUGUGUAUUGUAUGUUAUUUAUUCUGCAGGCACUGAUACAAUCAACUGCAGCUCAACCCAACGAGAGAGCAAACGAGAGUGCUGUGAGAGAGUGUUGCGCUCUAUUUAUUACUGAAUGUGAGGGUUGCGCUUACAUUGUGAGCAAGUCACAUGAUUUGGGAGGAGCUUAUUGAGGCCCAUUCAGAAUCUGUCCCAGUCGUAAUUGUACCGCUAUUGGCUGGGCAGUUCUUCCCAGAAACUGAUUGGCUUACGUGUCAGUUGAUUGAAACUAAUGAGCCCCAACUUGGGGGGGCGGCCCCCCUGGGUCUGAUAAUUGGUCUGAUCUUGUUAUUUCCUGGUUCCGCUUCUCGUUUGUUUAUUGCCAUUGGGUCAGAGCUGGGAAUCUCUUGUUUGGUGCCCGGUGGGUCGGAAGGUUCUGUUGGUUCCGUGUCAGGUAAAUAUUUCACUGUUCCUGUGUUGUUCCGUGUCAUUCUUGUGUUAUUUAUUAAACGGACUUUCUCUUCUCCAGUC